CGCGGGAGUCCAAGUGCGGUUCAGCAUCGUUGAUUCCGUGCGUGUGUGCGUGUGCGUGGAGUCGCAGCCCAUUGUUUAACAGUGUUUCCCAGCCCAGUUUUUCUCCGUGCUCACCUCGGCCUUUGUCCUGGCUUUCGAAUUCCAACUCGCACCUCACAGGCUCUCGCCUGGUAGCAUACCCAACACCCCUGGGGCAGCCGCCACGCUUGCAUUUUAGCAGAUUGGAGAACAGCAGACAGAAACUUCCCUCGAGCAGAAGGCCAUCGCCUGACUGCGACACUCACAGACGGCACAGCCCUAUAAAGGUAGACUCUUAUACGACGGGCAGGGCCUACACACCGAGAGCCCUGCGGGGCGCAAUGGCCGACCACCAGUCCAUGAAACAGAACGACCUUCCCCGUCCCGACUCCAUCGAAACGUCAACAACGAUACCUGCACUACCCUCCCUCGGAUUUUCCUCAGAUACCCACGCACUUGGAUUCGAUGGGCAUUACGACGUCUCGCCUCCCUCGAGCCCAUCGCGUCCCGAAUAUUCGGCAUCUCGCAGCGAACCCAUCGCAAUAGAGGGUAACAAUGCACGGGGCCUGGGUAUCGCUACUCCUCUACCACCUUUAGGACAUGACCCGAGUGCGCCAGAUUAUGCGGCAUCAGCAGCUGCACCGGAUGCGCGGAGCCCUUCAAUCAAGAGUUCAGAUGCUCCCAGUGCCAUGAACUCCGCAAAUCCGCUCAUGGGAAGCUUUCCUCAAGAUUCUGCCGGAACAACACCAGACUUGCAGCCGGACAGGUUGAGUCCAAGCCUGAACAAUGGCGGGAUUGAUUCCAAGGUGACCGUGCCAGAUGAAUAUCAGCGAUAUCUUGAAGAUUCCGCUGGAGGCGGAUCGAGACCACAUAACGGCACGUCGAUCAAGUCCGCCUACGCAAAUGACUUCCGACCGACACAUGAAUGCCCCACUGCAAAGGAUUUCCACAUGUCCAGGUGGUCUUGGGUCUCUGUCACCAUCAUCAUUCUCUGCCUCUUCUCCACUGUUUUCUCGGGCAUCUUCCUCGGCCUCGCGACCAAGGCUCCUCGAUACGGCCGUUCCAUCUCGUCUCAGGGCAGUUUCAAGCCGUCAGAUGCGAUACUGCUUACGACUGUGAUGGCCAAAUUGAUUGAGCUCUCAUUCGUAACCGCCUUUGUUGCAUUCUUGGGGCAGGUGCUCAGCCGUCGAGCAUUCAUGAGGGAACACGGUCCGGGCGUCACGCUGUCGGAAAUGAGCAUGUGGAGGUGGGUGGUUCAGCCUGGAACACUUAUCACGCACUGGGAGACCGCCAAAUACGCUGGCUUAAGCGUACUUGGAAUCUUGAGUCUACUCAGUGCAUUACUGGCGACAUUGUACACACCUGCUGCCACAGCUGUUGUCCAACCAAUGCUGAAGGAAGGCCAUUGGGAUGGUAGGGUGUUCGAAGGCCAAGUGAUGACAGACUUCGCCAACGUGACAUAUGUCAAGCAAUUAUGCGCAACACCCAUACAAAGUGAUGCCGAGGCAGGGCAGUCGACAUGUCUGCAGAUUGAACAUGCGGGCCAGGGCUAUCAUAACUACCAAAGGUAUUUGAAUUAUUGGACGACUGCUGUCAACAGUAGGAACACAACCUCCAAUCAGAGGAAGCGUCCCCGCCCAUUUGGCCUCCUUCACGAGAACACGACAGUGACAGGCCAAUGGGUCAAUAUCAUCGAUACGGCCGCCACGUCCAGAGAGCAUGGCCGGGUGAUCAACAAUAUCUCUCUCGCUAUGCCCCAUUCCGGAGUCUUCAAGGCUGCCCACAGCCAAAAGAAUGGCAUCAUGCAGCCGGAAGAGCUGGACUCGGAGGGCACCUAUACUUUACGCGCCUCUGUUCCUUCGCCUGUUAUGAAUGUGCUUUGCGCCAACAUGAACAGGGACGAACUGAAGCCCAUCGUCUAUCAGGAAUGGAAUCGGCGAUACAACGUCAACGGAACUUCGUGGACCCGAUACCGGGAUAACGCAACGACGAGAAACAGAACAGUGGUGGACGAUCUCUUUGGGUGGACCAAGCGUGAUCCUCUCCGGCAAGACUACCCCCCGGUAUUUGCGAAGCUCCCCAAACCGUUCAAUACCAUCAUGAACCACACAAAUUAUGGCUGGGGAAGGGAUGCAAUCUAUUUGCUCGGCCAAGGUGGAGCAGAUGAUAAGACGAAUAAUACUGGGACCUAUGUACUUUGCAAGCUCCAUCUCACCAUCACACCCAAUUGCAGCACACAUUACACGGCUACUGGUUCCGGAGGCACCAUGGAAGCCCAUUGCGAAGAUGAGAGCGAUGAGCUGGCAUAUAUCAAAAGUCAUCCCGAAUCAACAGGCGGCAGGCCAGUGAGCAACUGGAGAGAUGUAGGGUUCGAUUGGGCUAAUAGCCUUUCCCUCAAUACCGGCAUCGAUGACGCGGAUGCCAGCAACGCGAGGCUUCUGACACAGCUCAUCCUGAGGCCAUCCAACCCUGACCCGAAGAAUCUUGAAGUCGAUCUGAACAGUGAGCUGCCGAGCGUUGCAGAAGCUCUGGCCGUCAUGGCGGGAUGUACUCUUCUGAAAAGCAUGCAUGACGCACCCUUUGUCGAUUUCUGGAAUUACACCGAAGAUUCGUACAGUGCGCUCCCGGCAACCCAAUAUUUCAACGCAUCCCUCCAAGCACAACAAUACGCUUCUGGCGGGCCCGACGACGCUUCUAGAGCUUGGAUCGCCGUCCUUUUCCUCGUCUUCAUCAUGAACGUCUUCGUCCUCAUCUACUUCCUUUGCCACAAUGGCCUGGUGACCGACUUCUCCGAACCUCCCAAUCUUUUCGCCCUCGCUGUGAAUUCGCCUCCUUCGCAUGUGUUGGCCGGAAGCUGUGGAGGUGGGCCAGCGGGCAAGCAGUAUACCGUGAAUUGGUUCGUAAACCACGAAGGGGAUCACUUGUUCAUGGAGCCGGGGACGGUAGCAGCCGGACAUGGGCAGCCGCAUCUCCAUGAUUCCCACGCGCGUGGCGGGCCAUACGACCAGGAGGAGAAGCCGAAAAGGGGAUUUAUGAGCGCGAUAGCCCGACAUGUAGACAAGCUGCGUGAGAAUGGCCUGCAUUUUGGGCUCAACAAGCAUCAGACGAGGCUGAGGCCGGCCAGUGUUGUCUCUUCGCCAGCAAUAGGGAAUUACCUGAGUCCGGAUCUGGAAGGGGGGACUUCGAGAACGAGGAGGAAAUAUGAGAUGUUGGCUAAGCGGAAGAGUGUUCUGUGAGGCUGGGGGGAGAGGAUACAUACGGUUACAUAAUAUAUAGCAUGGAUGAUAUCUGCAAGUAAUUGAACCCCUGAAC